GUGUGAUGAAAGUGUGUGUUAAUGUUAGUAAAGACAAGGUGCAGCCUGCUGUGUAGGGCAUCACUAUGCUGCAUUGUCAGGUACUUAACAUGCACAACAGAUGCAUACAAUAGCCUGCAGAGAGCAACAUACAACAAAAGGGGGCAAAAAAUACAACUACAGUGGCACAAUAAAAUCAAAAUCAGUACAUUUAUGCAUUUUAACCAAGGAAACCUAGAAUUGAGAGAUGCACUAAAGUUUCACACGACCAACAAGACCAUGUGCUUUGACGUACUUACAUAUAAGUUAACCACAUAUAUUACAUUAUUAUACUAAGUUUGUAUCUUACUGCUUCGCUUGAGAAUUUGCUGUGUUGCUAAUGAACUUUAUUAUUAUAAAGAACGGGCUCGUCCGGGAUUUGAACCCGGGACCUCUCGCACCCUAAGCGAGAAUCAUACCCCUAGACCAACGAGCCGCGUAAACCGCUUUGUCAAAUGACAAAACCAUAGAUGAAGAGGUCAUUUUUAACACCUGCAGAGACCGCAAUGAUAGAGAAUAAAGUUGUCUUAUAUUGUAAUUUUAAUUCAGUCUUCUUUUUUUUUACAUCAGCAGCCCUGUUUUGUUUUUUUGUUUUUGUUUUUCUUUUUCUUUUUCUUUUUUUUUUUUUUUUUUACAGCUACCAGGCUUCAACUGAAUAAACUGUCAGUCUACGGCAGAGACACACUAACACAAACUCCCAGAGGAGCUCAGAAGGGGAAUCCAUAAUACAUAAUGUACCGCCAACGACAACAGGGAGUUUCCCUGAACCUAUUUCGAGCCCAGUACUGCAGUAUGAUGCCCUGAUUUUGGGCGAAAUUCUCCUUUAAUCGAGUCGUUAAGUUUAUUACAUGUUGAACAGCAGAAGCAGAAACAACUGUCGCAUUGUCCGAAAUAUAAGUCUAUUUGUGAGGAUUAUUGCCAACACACACACACAUACACCACGCCCCCUCCAGUCGGGAACACCCUGGCUGUGGAUUUCUGCCUUUAGACGCCGCCGAGGCGCGCAGGACAGACACGCUCCACGUACAUGUUCCUCGAUCUCCGGACUGACUCUUUUCUCUCUCUCCGGACCGCCUGUGCUCUCUCUCCCCGCUGGCUCCUCGCCUCUGUCCGCAGCCACCAGGUUUCCUGAAGGUGGUCACCUCUUGUUAGCUUCCCAAAGAAAAAGAUUAGGAGAGGAAACACUGGAGAAGCACUGGGAAGUUCAGAUUAUGCCAAUGCUAAAAGAACAGCAACCCAAACGUUAGCAGAACAGGAACUGGAGCACUUUGCAUCAUAAUGUAGUUCUUUCUGGCUCCCUUCAUGCAACAUCUUUGUUGGCUGUUGUGACUGCCUGGGUUUAACUGAGGGAUCAAUGGAGCAGGUCGCGGAGGAUCUGAACCUGUCCUUUCUGCUGGAACAUGAAAGAGAGAUGAUCCUGAAGGUGCUGCAGAAAGACGAGAAACUGAGGAAACGAGAGGAGAAGAGGAUACGGAAGCUGAAGAAUGAGCUGCUGGAGAUCAAACGAAAGGGUUCCCGUCGGCCCCAGGAGUUGGGGGAGAGACAGUGUGCUCGCUGCCUGAAGACUUUGGGCCUGAUUUUUGACCGCGGAGAUCUCUGUGAGGACUGUCAGCUGCGCGUCUGCAACAACUGCCGCAUCACAGCUCCCACCGGACGCCAGUGGAAGUGUAACGUUUGUGCCAAGAUCUCGGAGCUGAAGGUGGUGACAGGAGAAUGGUUCCUGGAGGAGCGGUCCAAACGGUUCGAGCAGGGAGUGCUGAGCAGCGACGUGAUCAAACAGACAAUCCUGAGCAGCCCGAUCACCACAGACUCAAAGUCUACAGAGAACCUGUUGGCCCCCUCUGAGUCUGAGAGACCCGACACCCCAAGAUCCAACAGAAGUGCAAUACUCAAUGCUGUAGACGGAGUCAGGAGGAAAGGAAGGAUGAAAUUGGAUAAAAAAGGCAGCCGACCCACCUUGAAGCCAGAGAAUGGGGUCGACAGCACCAGUGUCACAUCUGUUUUGGAUGGAGAUGCUCAGAGUGUACGAAGCGCUCGCUCUGCUCCGAGUCCGCAUUCAAAUAGGGGUGGUGCGGUGGCCUUGGAGUCCUCAGGGAUGCCCACUGUACCCAACAACCUGCGAUCCCAAACUCCGGACAGAUCAUCCGCCUCCAGCGACAACCGGAGGGUCAGGCCUGAUGGUGCGGAGAGUGUUGCCAGUGUACACUCCAGCGACAGCGUGCCCGAGAAGAAAGCUGCCGGCCAUCACAGGACGAACUCUGGAGCUCCAACCAUCUCUGUGUCAAGGGCCUCUGUCUCGUCAGAUCACAGUCGUUCAGAGAUGGACCUGUCAGCUCCGGGUUCUGAUCCCAGUGAUGACGCCCUCAGUCUCAGAAGCCGUUCGGUCCCCGGGCUCAACGAAACAGAGUUUUCUGACGAGGAUGCGGAGGAAGACAUUGAUGCCCUGAUGUCGGCCCACGGCAAGUCUGCCGGCCGACGCCUCAGCAACGCAGUGUCAACGUCUUCCACUCCUGGUUCAGAAAGAAGGUGGGGGUACCUCAAUGUCCCCGACUCGGAUGCUGAGACUAGUAGUAUAAACAGCAUGAUGAGUAUGUACAGUGAGACUGGUGACUAUGGCAACGCCAGAGUGAGCGGUGAGAUCCUGCUGAACAUCAGCUACAGCUACAAAACCGGUGCUCUCAGCGUCCUGGUCAAAGAGUGUCACAACCUGGCAACGGGAGACGAGAGGAGGCAACGCACAGAUGCCUAUGUGAAGACUUACCUGUUGCCAGAUACGUCACGACAGAGCAAGAGGAAGACGAGCAUUAAGGCUAACACCAUUAACCCUGUUUUCAACGAGAAUCUGAGGUAUGUUAUCAGCCACUCGCAGCUGGAGACACGAACUCUGCAGGUCUCUGUGUGGCAUCACGACCGGUUUGGACACAACAGCUUCCUCGGAGAAGUGGAGCUGACCUUCGAUACGUGGGAGUUUGAUUCUCAGAUAGAGGAGUGGUACGCUCUGCAGCCAAAGGUGGAGAGUAGUAUAGACUCCACGUUGCAGUAUAAAGGAGAACUGACAGUUGUGUUGAAGUAUAUACCUGCAGAGAAGAACCUCAUGCUGCCUCUGGACCAAGUGCAAGUGAAGAAAGGGUUCCUGAAAAGUAAGAAGACGAGCAGCUUCACUCUGCCUAAAGGGGGCAUGGUUGAGCUUCUAGUCAAGGGAGCCAAAAAUCUAACUGCUGUCAAGUCUGGAGGCACCUCUGAUCCUUUUGUAAAAGGGUACCUGCUCCCUGACAGCAACAAAUCAACCAAGCACAAGACGGCAGUGGAGCGACGCACAGUGAACCCACUGUGGAACCACACCUUCACCUAUUGCGGCCUGCAGCCAGGAGACCUCAACAAUGUCUGUCUGGAGCUCACCGUGUGGGACAAAGAGGCUCUGGCCAGCAAUGUCUUUCUGGGAGGGGUCAGGCUGGGAGCAGGCACAGGCAAAAGCUAUGGGAACGAGGUAGACUGGAUGGACUCAUAUGGGGAGGAACAGCGGCUGUGGCAACGCAUGAUUGAAAACCCAGAGGUCCCUCAGGAGUGCACGCUGAUGCUGCGAUCCAGCAUGCGCAAGUAUAACACAUGAGCCGGUUUGAAGCACAGACGCAGAGGACAAAAGAGAAUAACAGAGGGAGAGGAGAAAGAGAAAGAAGUGGUGUGAGGAGAGAGUGGAGAGACAGUCCUCCCUAAUCCCCCCCCCCCCCCCCCCGAUAUGCUCUGUUCAGAUCCCCCCUCUGUCCAGAACAGCCAGUCAUGCCUUACACACUCAUCUACAUGUGCGCCUCUGCCCUCUAAAGCAUCUAGUUUUCACCAAGCACUGCUGUUUACUGCUGUGUAUGAAAAAAAAAAACAUAUGUUGUAUGUAUAUAACUUACUGUACCUACUGAAUAAGCACACUUGUGACUCCUGAUGUGUCCGUCCUCGUCUCUGUGAUUCAUGUAUCAGAGUCAUUUCUGCAUGUAGUUACAGCUGAUGGAGACCAUUUGUAAGGCAUUAGAUGAGACACUGAUCAAUAAUGUAGAGACUUAGACAUUCCCUUUAUGAGCUGACAAGCUGCUCUGAAGCACACAAUGACGUUAAGAUUCAUCCCCUGGUAAACAGUCAUGUACAGAGGUGGAAAGUGACUAGUGUUAGUACUACUGUACCAUCCCAAAAGUAGCUGAACACAACCAAAUUCUGCUGGGGGUGAAAGAAGAAAUACUGCUUUCAAAAUAAGAUUUACCUUUUCAGUUACUUGGUUAACUGUUGAUAAAAUGUCAGAGAAAUGUGAAAAAUGGUCAUUGAAUUUUUCAUUGAGUUGUAGGCGAUGUCUAAAAAAUUUGAAGACCGAGCUGCACCACCAUCAGUUUUGAUUCAUUGUGAUUAAUUAUUUAGUCAACUAACUUCCAGAGCAUGUGAAACAUGGCCAUUGAAUUUCCCACCGCUUUAGAUUUCUUGUUUUGUCUGACCAAAACACAACAAAACAUACUGAAAUACAACAUAGAAAAGCAGGAAAUUGUCAUAUUUCCGACGCUUGAACCAUCAAAUACUGAGCAUGCCAGUCCUCUGUUCAGUCAGUCCACAGCUGAAAUAUCUAAACAAUAACUGGAUGGAUUAAAGUGAAAUUUUGUGUGGUCCCCAGAGGAUGAGUCCCUACUGAGUUUGGUGAGACAUUUCUUGGUUAAAGUUUUCAUUUAUCCUGUGAAAUAUCUUAACAUUUACAUUUAGUUAGUGAAUCCCAAUGAAUCCUGAUGACUUUGGUGAACCUAAUUUACCCUAAUGCCAUCAUGGAGGUGAUGUUUGUGGUUCUUAGUAAAAUAUCUAAAUACCAUUGGUUGGAUUGUCGUCAACAUUCACAGCCACCUGAGAAUGAAUUAAUCGGUUGUUUUUGGUCGGUUUUGGUGAUUCACUGUUUCUUGAGCGCCACCAUCAAUUCAAACCUUUUUCAACAUUUUGAUUUAUGAUCAAAAAACUGGAAAACUGAUGACAUGCCCAUCAGCCCUUAAACCUAAAGCAAAACUUUUUUGCACUGAACAUUAAACUUGCUUUGCAUCGGCAUGCUAGCAUUGUCAUUGUGAGCAAGUUCAAGUCCUUCAAAAAUGUACUUUCAGAAACAAGAGUACUCCCACUCAGUUACUUUCCACCCCUGGUUGUAUGAAAAUAAAAUAUCUGUGGCACAAAGUCUAGACAGAUUACACAAUUUAGACUAGCUUCAAUGUACAUUACAUAACACUGUAUCAGUGUGAUGAUAGAAACUGCAUGGUACUGUAUUAGAGAAAACUGAGAUAGAAGAACAAAACAAAGUUACGUAAAGCACUGAUAAUGACAUCACUUUACAUUCACAAGAGGAAGUGCGAUUUUCUGAUUUUCCCAGGAGCCCUGAGGCAUGGGGGGCUGUGUGUUAUAGAGUGAGUCAGCACCAAGGCGAGCUGCCUUCAUCUCAGGGGGAGCCUAAUAAUGAGUCAGUGACAGUCACCUUGUCCCUGUCGCCCAGGGCCCUGCGACCCACCAUUCCUCUGAUGAAUCACACAAUUCACAAAAAACGAUUCUCAAGUCAAACCCCGUACAACCAUUUUUCUCGUGGAAUGCCAAUUCUGUCCACCUGUCCUUGGCAAACCCUCUGCUCUGAAGUCUCAGAGCAAAAUAAUUUCACACCCCACAAUUACAGUAAUAAUACAUGGUGUUCACUGUACAACAUACUUUAGAUGAGAGACUCGUGUAAUACCUGAUUACUGAAGCAACUCUUGAUGUACAGCAUGAACUGUCUCUGUUGGUCUGGUUUCCAAGCAUCAGAUUCACUGUAUCCAAGUUGAUUUUGUCCCAAAUGUGUUACAGGAAUAUUUUGAAAUAAACACAUCUUUCCAUAGA